ACACGCCAGCUGUCAAAACGACGCGAUAGGAAAAACGAUAGACUUCGAGAAAAAGCAAUCGUUCCAAGCGGGUAGCGGUUAAAUUGAACCAAUAGCACUGCAAAUACGAUACGAAGCGGCAAACAAAUUCAAGUUUUGAUUGUGUGUUAGUUGCUUUGUUGCGUAGACACCUCAGUCAAGCACAGUACGAUGGUGGAUUACAGCAAGUGGAAGGAUAUUGAGAUCUCGGACGAUGAAGACGAUACGCACCCGAACAUCGACACGCCUUCGCUGUUCCGCUGGCGGCACCAGGCCCGUGUCGAGCGGAUGCAGGAACAGGAGCAAAGGAAGGCAACGAUCGAGAAGAAGAAGCAAACGACGGUGGAAAAGCUAAAGGAGGCGAAGGAAAAGCUGCAGCGCAAGGAAGGCAAUCUGGAGGAGUUGAGGAAAGUAGUGGACGAGCUGGAACGGGAGCAGGAGCGCGUGCGGCAGGAAGAGGACGAACUGCGCAAGAAGGAAGUGAUGCAGCCGUGGAACGUGGACACGAUCAGUAAACCGGGCUUCGCCAAGACGGUCAUCAACAAGAGUGCAAUCAAUCGGAAGGACGAAGAGCUGUCGGACGAGCAGAAGGAGCUGAACCUGCAGGAGUUUAUCAAGAAGUACGAGAAGCAGCUGAAACAGUUCGGUAUGCUACGGAAGUACGACGAUUCGAAGAAGUUCCUGCAGGACAACCACCAUCUGGUGUGUGAGGAUACGCCCAACUAUCUCGUCAUCUGGUGCAUCAAGCUGGAGAUGCAGGAAAAGCAUGAGCUGAUGGCGCAUGUGGCGCACCAGUGCAUCUGCAUGCAGUACAUUUUGGACAUUUCGAAGCACCUCGAGGUGGACCCGCGGGCCUGCGUUGCGUCCUUCUUCCAGCGCAUCCAGGAGGCGGAAGCGGAAUACAAGAACCAGUUCCUGGGUGAGAUCGAAGCGUUCAAGGAGCGCAUUCGCAAGCGGGCGCAAGAAAAACUGCAGAAGCUGCUGGAAGAACAGGAGGAAGAGGAGCGUAAAGCGCGGCUCGGCCCGGGUGGAUUGGAUCCGGUCGAGGUGUUUGAAUCGUUUCCCGAAGAGCUGCAGAAAUGCUUCGAGACGCAAGAUAUUGGGAUGCUGCAGGAAGCGAUGGCCAAACUGCCGCCGGAAGAAGCCCGCCUGCAUCUGCAGCGUGCCAUAGACUCGGGACUGUGGGUGCCGGAUGCGAAGAGUGCCCCCGAUCCGGCAUACGCGGAGGUGAAGAGCAAAGGUGAAGAUUCGAAACCGGCGGAAGCUGACGCGGAAAAGGAGUAAAAGCGGAGAAGGAGAUAAAUGCCGAUCUACUCAUCUCCCGGAUCAGGCAGAUUUGUAAUUCCCGAGCGAAGAAAAAAAAAACUCCCAAAAUUGUAAGGCCAACAAAUGUAAAAUGUAAAACACGCGCACGAGAGAAAGAGAGGAUCUUUAGUCUCACAAUGAUUGCAUGUUGUUGCGAAAAAUCAUUUUAAAUAUAGUAGUACCAGCGCUCCUGAUCGAAUCACGACGGUGUACCGAUCCUUACAAAAGUCAUAACCAGGCCAAAUCGUAUCUUUUAGUUCUCUGCAGAGGACUUGGCAGAUCACAAAUGAUCCCCUGUGGCAGGAUGGUAGUAGCGCCGAAAGCUUUCAAUAUUUAAACCUCAGGCCUGCUGGAACGUAUCCGUUUUACUACCUACACUCAACGCGUAGAAUUAUGUAUUAAUGCCCAUCCGUCGUCAUCCAUUGCGCUACCAUAUUAAGUAGUUAAACUUUUUUUUAAAAUAAAAUUUACUUUUCCGUCAAGCACGUA